UAUAUAUAUAUAUAUAUAUAUAUAUUAACUAAACAUUCAUCAUACCAUGCCAAAAACCCAUCAUAUGUCGGCAUCAGGAUUUGUAGCAAACGUUGAUUCACAAUCACCAGUAUUCAUGGUACAUUAAACUUCUUCAUCUGAUGGUCAAGCGUUCGAUCUUGAUCCAACACCAUAUUCGAGUGUUACUGGGAAAGGAAACUCUUUCUGCUUUGUGUAAGCAAGCAGGAUUCUGCAGCAAGUCAAACUGCAAUGGACCAUGUAAACCUUAUGUAUAUCAUUUCGAAAACAAUAGAUGAAGACACAUCAUUUGAAAUGGUACCUUCCAGUGCUCUGUUCUUGAAUUACACGAGGGCUUCAUGACCCAUUACAAUAAUGCGAGUCUGAGAUUAUACACAUUGUUAGUAAAAGGACACAAUCUGUUUAAGAUAUUUACGAGCUGCUUUAAAGUUAAAAGAAACCGUUUGAUGCAAAGCAGACAAUGUUUCAACUGCACUGCAAAUGCUAGAUCUAUGACAGCUAAUUGAUCCAACAAAACAGGAAUGGCAAACAAGGGAACAACUUUUAAGCGUAGACCUAGCUCUACAACAAACUCGAGGCACAAAAAUUCGAAAAAAAAAAAAAACAAAACAAAAAAGUGUCUGAAGUACAAAUCAGGCAGAGAAGACUUCACAUUAGUUGAAUAAAUUAGAUUUUACAGAGAACUUCAAAUAACUGGCAAGAGCAGUUGAAUAGUGAUGCACAACGAUGCAAUGAACAAAAUGAUUGAAGAGCCAGAAAACACUAUAGACUUUCAGAACACUGACAAAGACAUUAAAAGCAUAUACUACCUUCAUGAUUACAAUCACUAAACAAGUAUAACUGCAACAAUCAUCCAGGUAAAUCAUAAAUUUUUGGAGCAAAAAAUCAUUAAGUGGAAGACUACUGCAAUCAAUAUGGGCAGUCCUGCUAACAACAUCAAUGUACCAUCAUUAAGAUGCAGUGAUGCACAGCUAUAUGGUAGCUCAAAUUAGCAUGCAAAUGCAAAAAGAAAAGCACUGGUAAAAACAAGUGGAAGAAACCAGGAAAAAUGGAGUUCUAUUCAAGAAAAAACAACAUUCAGAUGCAGCAUACCUUUUUCUUUUUCUUAUUUUUUUCUUGGCAUUUUCAAUGUUGCUGAUAAAAUCAAUAACUUGUGCAUCCUCAACAGCAUUUAUCACAUUCAAAGCUUGGCACAAAGGCAUAAGGAACAAUUGCAACUCUUGUUUUUCCUUUUUUUUUUUUUUUGGUUGCAGUGGCCACACACUCUCAUCACCUGAGGCAUAAUGAGUCGAUGAAAGAUCAAUUCUCAAUCAGACCCCGAAACUUAACUCUUCUUUUUAUGCUUCCCUGUCUAUCAUAACCUAUGCCAAUCUUGCUAUGCAUCAAUUUCAUAGCUAAAUCUGAAUUUCCUGCUUUCCUUAGGGCAUUGAUUAAAAUAGUACGAACUCUACCGGGAACUUCUCGGCCACGAUCAACAACACCAUCAGCUAACUUGCAAGCUUGUUCUAUACGACCAGCUCUGCACAGAAUAUUGAUCAUAUCUUCUACAGCAGUGUCCAGGACAACACCCAUCGGCGCCAACUCAUCCAAUAUCUUACAAGCUCUUGACACUUUACCUGAAAGACAUAGACCGGUGGAAAGAGCUCUAAAUGAUGCAUCAGUUGGAGUUAUACCCUUGUCAAUCAUUGCAUCCCACAUCUUCAACGCCUCUUCAUUUCGAUGUUGUUUAAACAAGCCAGUUAUCAAUAUGGUGUAGGUAUAAACAGUUGGAUCACAACCUUCAUCUUCCAUUUUCUUUAAAUAUCCAACAGCUUCAAUUAAUUUCCCGCCCUUAGCCAGGGCGUCAAUGAGCACAUUAUAACAAUAUGAAUCCCGAGGACAUCCUUUCUCAACCAUCUCUUGAAAUAACUUUUCAGCCUGAUCUAAUCUUCCAGACUUUCCAAGGCCAUCAAUGAGACUUGAAUAAAGCACAGCAUUAACAGGCACGCCAUUUUCUUGACAAUAUUCAAACCAUUGCAUAGCUUCCUCUAACCUUUCAUUCUUGCAUAAACCAUUAACAAUGACUCCAUAUGUAACUUCAUCUGGCUCAAACCCAUCGCUCUUCAUACUUCCAAAAAUAUUCAUUGCACCUUCAAGAUUUGCGUUUUUAACAAACGAAUCAAUUAAUGCAGUAUAAAUAGCUACAUUGGCUUUGCAUCCCUUUCUACACAUGCUUUCAAAAACAGUAUAUCCUUCCGAAGAUUUCCCUUCUUUACACAGUCCUCCUAUUACUAGGCUAUAGGCAUGUGACGGAAUCUCCAAUUCUUUUUCCACCAUUUCAUGAUAAAGUCCUAAACAAUUACUGAAAUUUCCCUCAGCAUAGCAUGCUUGAAUCAAGGUCAUGUAAGUUAUCUUAUCUGGUUCCACAUGCCUGACUUCCAUUUCUCUGAAUUUCUCCAUGGCUUUUUGAACCUUACCCGACCUACAAUACCCCUUGAUCAUUGUAUUAUAAGUAACAACGUCUGGAAAGACCCUCCCACUCUCCAUAACCUCAAAAACCUUUUCAGCUGACACAAUAUAGUUGGAAUUCACAAGCCCAUUAAUCAGAGAGUUAUAAGAAUACAAAGUAGGUUCAACCCCAUUCUUUUUCAUUUCCUUCCAUACCCACAAUAACUCCUCAACCAUUCCAAGAUUUCCAAAACAUUUAAUCAAAGAAGAGGCAGAAAUCAAGUUCAUUAACAAAUUAUUCUCCUUCAAUUCACCAUAUAUACACCUAAUCUUAUCCAAAUCAUUCGUAACGGACAAAUUCUCAAUCAAAGAGACAAAGCAAUCAAGAGUAUGAGCAUAACCACUUUGCUUACCGGCCCAAUUAAAGAAUCUAAACGCGAUGUCUCCCUGCCCGCAAAGCUUCUCCGAUUUCAACACAAAUGCAGUAAACCUUGGCGAUAAUCUAAUCAGGAAAUUUCUGCAGUAAGCGGAUAAUUUGUUCUCCAUAUCAGGUGAACCAUCCAGAAGACUGAGAAUUUUAGCGACCCAUGGAGAAAGUUGGAGCUGUUUAGGGUCUUUAACAAGGUCCGAGAGGUCAAAAACGGGCUCAACCCAUUCAGGCGGCGGAACAGGGGAGGUAACUCCGAAAACCCAUCUGGAUUUUGAGGAAAACUUUGAUCUUGGGAAUGAAUUUUUGGGUUUUGGUCGGGUAAAAUGAGGUUUAGCAUUGGUGGAAAAUGAAUGGGCUAUAAGGGAUUCUGAAAUGGUGGAAAGGGAUUUCUUCAAGGUUUUUCUCAUGAAGUGAAAUUGAAACUGAUGAACCCAGAAGGAGGAGUUGACUUCUUCAGCGAUUUCCUUUUCACUUUCUCAGUUCUCCCUCCUUCCUUGUGGCUGUAUUAAGUCCCAUGUGUUCAAAAUGUACUCAAAGAGUUUGAUACUUUUACACGCUUUCUUUGUAAACCCCUUAUUCUUCUUAUUGAAGUCGGUGGGCUAAAAAGAAUAAGAACAAACUGCAAAUAUUUAAAUAGCUCUUUUAUAAGCGAAUUUAGCAGUUUUCUUAUCUCCAUUCAUGGCGUCUUUUAAGAUCAUAAAUCAUUUCCACAUCCUUUCCUCAGCUCAACCCACGAAGCCCAACUCAAGUUCAUCCUUGCUGCAUCCCCCUUCUCAAUUAUUGUUCAAUAAAAAUUCAAUCUUGAAUGCAAAUAUCCUGUCAAAAAACACUAGGCAUGUUUUGCAUCUUUGGCCCAUUAAAGCUGUGGUAGAAGAAGAUAAAGACAUAGUAACGAAAGCAGAAUCCAGUGAUAAAGAUGAACAAACAGAAGAAGGGAAAAUUAGUCAAGGGGAAGAGGUGGAGGAAGGGAAGUUAUCAUCUGAGGUACUUAGUGAUAGUGAUAGGUUGAUUAAUGCCGCCAUCGUUCUUGGAGCUGGUACUCUUGCCAUUACCAAAUUGCUCUCUAUCGAUCAUGACUACUGGCAUGGUUGGACUCUUUUUGAGAUUUUGAGAUAUGCACCAGAACACAAUUGGGAUGCUUAUGAAGAAGCUCUGAAGUCCAAUCCCAUUCUAUCUAAAAUGGUGAUUAGUGGAAUCGUCUACUCACUUGGAGAUUGGAUUGCUCAAUGCUAUGAAGGGAAACCGCUUUUUGAGUUUGAUCGGAAAAGAAUGCUUAGGUCCGGAAUUGUUGGAUUUUCGCUUCACGGAUCACUCUCUCACUAUUAUUACCAAUUUUGCGAGGCCCUUUUUCCUUUCAAAGGUUGGUGGGUGGUUCCUGCCAAGGUUGCUUUUGAUCAAACUAUAUGGGCAGCUGUUUGGAAUAGUAUUUAUUAUGUGGUUCUAGGAUUCUUGCGCUUUGAACCCCCCGUCAGGAUAUUUAAUGAACUGAAAUCGACAUUUUGGCCGAUGUUAACAGUAAGUUGCCUUUUUUCCAUGUUCUUUUCAGUUCGAACUUCUUUUGGUCCUUCCACUUUUGGUCUCUUUAAUGUAGAACUUUAAUUAUACGAGUACGGUACCUUCCAAGUUUAUGUCUCUUUUCUAUGAAGCUCAAUAUGUUUAUCUUUUUGCAUGUAUAUUAUUGGUCCUUUCAUGUUUGAUCAUAUUUAUGGCUACUGUACGUAUCUAUUUUGCGUUUAGGGUCAAUCAUGAUUCCAAAACUGAAGGUCUUCCAGUCCAAUUAUAGUUCUAUGCAUAGAUCAACUCCAGACCACUGUCAAUGGAAGCAUGUGUGCUUGCAAAAUCUCUUUAUCAUCUUCUGGUGUAUACGAUUUUGGAUUAGACUAGAGGACAUUCCAGUUUUUGGUAUCAAUAUGUUUAUGAUAAGCAUGGGUGCCUAUAUGGCAUGUCGUGUAAAACUUAGUUCACGAACCAUUCUUUGUAAAAUACUGAAGAUAUAAGUUCAUUGGAAAAUGAUUUCAUUUGGCAAAUCCAGAUAUGUUGAAAAGGUAAUCAAUUGUUGUUCUUAAUCCACCAGGCAGGAUGGAAACUCUGGCCAUUUGCCCAUGUGAUUACCUAUGGUGUGAUUCCUAUAGAGCAAAGACUUCUUUGGGUGGAUUGCGUGGAACUUAUAUGGGUCACUAUUCUCUCGAGGUAAGUCUCUUAAGAAAUAGUUUAUCAGACGCAUAGUUUCUAGGAAUCAUGCUCUAAGCCUCUAACUACUGGUUCCUAAAACUUCCUUGGCUGAGGACAAAGGGCACCAGAGUAAAUUAUAAUUUUGUAGUCUUUUGCUUAUGAAAUCUUCUGAAAGUGACAUUAUGGUUUUACUUGAAUUCUUUCCCUUGUCUGUACCUUCAACUUUCCUAGUUUGUCAUACAUGUUUAAAGUAUCCAAUACAAGCACUGCACCAAAUCUGACAUAGAGUUAUAGACUUGCAAGUGUGCCUUUAUAGUUUUAGUGGAGAAAUAUCAUCCAAUAUUUCUGAUUCUGACAACUGCACAUUGAUUUGAUUGGUAUACCAUAAAACAUUGAGAACUCACCGUUAUUAUAUCCAUGAAAAUGUCAUUCGACUGUUUGCAGUUCAAUGUGAGAUAUUGUUGAUGAUUAUUAUCCAUCAAAAGAUAUUCCUCUAAAAUCUGAUUUCCAGAGCAGCCCCCGAUCUUCUCUCUUCUAUUUCCUCCUGUUAAAGGAUGUUUGGGUUUUCCCACUGUUUUGUAGUUUUAUGCUAAAAGCCAAGCGAUGAUGUUCACUUUUGUUCAAAACCUUACACCGCAUAAAAGUUUCCGUAAGAGCUAUCAUAAGCUGAAGGUAUUCUGAUUUCUCAUUUACUUCUCUGAAUGUGAUUUUGAAGGUAUUCAAAUGAGAAAUCUGAAGCGCGGAUAUCUGAAGCUUCCUCAGAAGAGUAAUUGCAGUUGUCUGUCAGCAAUCUUAAGGUAAACCAUGCAGAUGCGUAGAAGAAUAGCCUGAAAUCAAGUUACAACUAUGUUUCCUGAAAUCAAUUUAGUUGUCCGUUUUAAGGAAAGCAGGCGUAUACGCUAACACAUUAGCAAGCUCUUUAACAACUCUUGUCCCACAUUUUCUAUAGAUGGAUGUUAUUAUCCUACUCUUCCAUGUCUUGGAUAAAUCUCGUGAAACAUUUGACAUCCUUCUGUUUCAUGCUUUUGACAGGACUAAUUUGGCAUAACAUUAGAGCUCAGUCCUAGAUCACAUUGAGAAGUUUACUUUGAGGCUCCAAAACCAUCCAAUUUCUGCCUGAAGUUUACUCAUUUGUAUAUGCAAAUAUAUACAAGUAUAUACUGUGUAUGUAAAUCACAAUCAUCCCCCUUUUUCUUGUCUUUCACUUGAAGAAAUCAUGACAGUAUCGAAAUGUAGUAAUGAAUUUGUUUCUUAAGUAAAGCAAUCACAAGGUAGUGGAAGCAGCAACCAGCAAAGGUUUUACUCAAACUUCUUAAUCUGAAUGUUCAAGACAUAACAAGAUUGUUGUAAUACACAAUGUUGCUUCCGACUAAUUUAGGUAACACUUAAAUCAAACGAAUGAACCACAUCCCAGUUGGGAAGAUAUUUGUUAUACUCUUCUAUGGCCUGAUACAAUUAUAUUGUUUUGUUUGAUACGAAUUGCAUGUUGUAAGUUGUAACAAUCUGUAAUUUUUGGUUUGGUGUGAGGAAUUUUAUUUUGACAGUAAGUCAGAAGGGAAAAAAUAUAUAUCUAUUCAAAAUCUGAGUUCUACUGUCCUUGUCGUGGAGUAGAAUGAAGUGCCGCUUUUGAUAGUGUAAAUGUUGUACAUAGUAGUAUAGUUUGUACAUUUUGUAUAGUUACGGGACCAAACUUGUAAAUUCUGUAUAGUUAGCAAUUUGUACAGAUUAGAUAUAAAUGUGUAGUAUCUAUGUUUGAGGAGGAGUAAUUGUACCGAAUCCAAUCAUACGAAUUUAAUACAAAUUCUUCAAACCC